AACCGAAACGUGUCAAAGAAAGGGAUGAGUAGUACAUUGUCCAUCCCGUACAACGGCAGCGUACAAUACCUAAUUUUCGAAGCAGCGUUAAUUAUACACGUGCUCUCCUCCUUUUUUAACGCCGGAAAUCCCUCCUCCCUUUCCUUUUUCUACACGUAUAGCCGUAGAAAUAUACGUAUCAAUUCGGAACCCUAGCUAGAUUUUGGGAUCCUACACUUAUAUUGAUCACUGAAUUAGACAGAGAUAUUUACUUGUGUGUAAAUAAUUUAUUUCUAGAUUUAGGUAGAGGAAGCAAUGGGAGCGGUGACGUCGUCGAUGGCAGCAAAGUUUGCAUUUUUUCCGCCGAAUCCGCCGUCGUAUGGAUUGGUGGUGGAAGAAUCAACGGAGAAAUUGAAGUUGACCGAGGUGGCGGCGAAGGAAAACGUUGACGUAUUGAAGCUACCGACAAAGAAAGGAACGGAGAUUGUGGCGGUGUACAUUAGGAAUCCGGCGGCGAUACUGACUGUGCUUUAUUCGCACGGCAACGCGGCUGAUCUAGGGCAGAUGUAUGGCUUGUUUACUGAACUCAGUCACCUUCUCCGGGUCAAUUUGAUGGGAUAUGACUAUUCAGGGUAUGGGCGGUCCUCUGGCAAGCCUAGUGAGCAGAACACUUACGCCGACAUAGAAGCUGCAUAUAGAUGUCUUGAAGAGACAUACGGGGUGAAAGAGGAAGAUGUCAUACUAUAUGGACAGUCAGUUGGUAGUGGACCCACACUGGAUCUAGCAUCACGAUUGUCAAGAUUGAGGGCAGUGGUUCUUCACAGCCCAAUACUCUCCGGACUUCGUGUAAUGUAUGCAGUGAAGCGGACAUAUUGGUUUGACAUAUAUAAGAAUAUUGAUAAAAUACCAUUGGUUGAAUGUCCUGUCCUCAUUAUUCAUGGAACUGCAGAUGAUGUAGUUGAUUGCUCCCAUGGAAAACAACUUUUUGAGCUAUCUAAGCAGAAAUAUGAGCCUUUGUGGGUUAAAACUGGUAACCAUUGUGAUUUGGAGCUCUUCCCGGAGUACAUAAUACAUCUGAAGAAGUUCAUAUCAGCUAUUGAGAAAUCAACUAUUUUUAGAAAUGGAUCUGCACUUUGCAUGGACCAAACAGAUAGACCUCGAAGCAGUACAGAUUGUAGACCCCGGCCAAGCACAGAUCAGAGGGAGAAAUCUAGACAAAGCACAGAGAAGAGAGAGCCUAGAACAAGCACAGAUCAAAGAGAUAAAUCCAGAGCUAGCAUAGACCGCAAGGAAAAGUCUAGCAAGAGCGUGGAUCUGUUAGAUAAGGCAAAUGAUAAUAUAGAACAACCGGAGAAAGCUAGAAAAAGCAUUGAUCGCUUUGGCAACAUGAUGAAAUCUGCCGUAUUGUGCAAUAUUGAUUGCUUCAAGCCCGUGGGAGCAAACGCCUGAAUGUCUGAUGAAGAUGGCAGUUUUCCAAUGCUCCCGAGCUCAACUGAAUAUUCCAAUGCAAACAUUGGUUGUAGAUACCACGGUCAACCAAAAUGGUCUUAGCAUAAUAGUAGUUAACACGGGAUCCUACAAUUUGGAUGAAUAUGGGUUAAUAACCAGGGAAAAAUGGUGGGGUUUCUCCUGUUGGGUUAGGUGAUUAUAUUGACCCAUUACAAAAUGUUCUUUUUUGGUUUUAUGACCCAUUUCACAGGAGAUCUACAUAGUACUAUAGAGUACAGUAGAUCUUUGUGGUCAUUCUCUUUUAUUCAAAUUGUAACUGGUCAUUUAUACAUUUCUCUCCCGUGCCCUGUGCCUAAUGGAAAAUGUUAUGCUUGAAUACCAUGGA